AAAUGGGCCAUUCAUGUACAAGGAAAUUAAUAGCCACAUCUGAUCUUAAAUUUAAGAUAUAUUAAAUCAAUUUUCUUCUAAAGGAAUUUUGCAUCUGGAUUAAUGGUUUUAAUCAUCCGUAACAACCGAAUACUUACUAGCCGACAUCCCAGAAUUAAAAAAUUUUUCUCUUAUAUGCAUAAAAAUCAGCAAAAAAUAAAUCAAAAAGAAAAUUCAUUUGAUCAAAAUAAAGAUCAAAUACCAGCUAUGAGUUUCAUAGAUGUUUUGGGAAAGUUAUUUUUAUAUAGCAUUGCCAUGUUUACUCUUCCAUUUGUUGCAUUUUUUGGUGUACAACAUAUUAUGAAAGCUGAAUUUCAUGUAGAUAGAUUUAUAACAAAUUGCAUUUCUGUGUUUGCUGCAGUGAUUACAGUAAAUUUAAUAAUAGCUUGUUAUAUUUAUCAGGCACUUCAUGAACCUGAUAACGGUUCCGAGGUUAAAUCAAUUGUAGAAUCAUCCAAAGAUAAUUUAAAUGAAAAAAUUGAUUAAAUAUUAAA